CUCUGCUUCCUACUUGAAUUCUUGUCGCCGGAACAGCAUGCUGUGUGCCGCCCGUCGGUGAAUACAAUUGUACAUGUUUGAUCACACGUGCUGCAGAUGCACUGGGUCAGUAUGAAUACCUGCUUCUGCUUCUCUCCUUCCUUCGUUCCAUCAGUCCCUCCAGGGGGAGAUGUUACAGAAAUGCUGGGAGUACUUCUUCAUGUCUGCCUUCUCUCACUUAUCAAGUCGGGGAAACAUUUCAAAAGUCCCAGAUGUACCAGAAGAUGUCUCUUUGUUUUUUUUUUCCAACAAUUCGAUAAUGCUUCAUGCAUGUUCUUAGCCGCUGUUAAUGGCUGAAACAUUUGUUCGACAACGAAGAUACUCCCAAGUGGUAGUUGAGGAGUUCGCAUGCUUUUCUUCUCAGACUCUGCGCAUUUUGCAGCUGCGGCUAGGGCGUAUAGGAGUCUUCCCACUCUUCAUCAGCACCCUCAUUCGAUUAUAUAUCAGAGUUGAACUAGCAUCGCACUGUGCUCGCCGCUCCUUCUCUUUCAUUCAAGAACGAUGGGCUGCCCAGCUCGAAAGACCGAACCUUUCUCAAAUUGCCUCCUCCUUCGUUUUCUCAACUCCCGCUCAAGAACGAUCGUGCACCAAAGAAUCCAGACAUUAUAAUGCCAUGCAACAUGUACGGACCACCCCCUUCUUGGUACACCAGCCCUCAAAGCCACACAAAGACCCACUGACGAAGCUACCUGGAUGCGGUGAAGGAGUAUGUAAUGGGGAGGUGCGGGCGGUCUACCUGUGCGGGUCUGGCACUAUGACGAGUUAUAUGACGUUACCAUUCAUCCGUGGGAUCCGUCAGAGGCUGUCCGGGUCUGGUUCAGGGUCUGUGAAGGUAUGGCUCAGGGUCCUGGGCACGUCAGAGAGCAUGUAUAUAGGGGUCGGGUCUCCCCCACAUGUCACACGGGUACCUCUGGCCACCUUGGACGAUGUUCUUGCCAUUACAGAAGCCCUAUAAAGUACGAACACGAGGCAACAGUCAGGCACGCCUCUCCGAGCCUGUCCUACCAAAUCACAAAGUUCACCGCAAAUGGCUUCCUUUCGACCUCUUUGAGAUUACAUUUCGACAAUGACGAUGGAACGAAAGAUGAUGAAGAUUCGAACCGUGUUGCUCCUACUCGCCAACCAAUUGCAACUCCGCCAAUGCCUCAGGCAGACUACCAAACCC